AUGGCUGCCAUCCGGGGCCUUUGGCUCCUCGGUUUGCUCCUCUUGGCCUCCAGCCCAAGAAGCGAGGACUCCCCUCUGGAGCAACCUUGCGGUCAGCACCUGCGCCAACGUGAUGGAGUCCUGGAGCUGGGGAGCAACUGGUUGGCCACCGCAGCCACGCUCAGCAGCAUCUGGGCCAUGUUCCUCUUGGCCAUGUACGCCCUGCACUGCGUGUGUGCCAAGAAGAUGCUCUGCGGCUGCAAUGCGGAAGAGGAACGUCACACGCAGAGAGACAUCAGCGGUGGCCAGGGUCUCCCAACUCCAUCUUUGGAGGUGAAAAAGGGGAGCCAAGAAACCGAAGAGCGUGGAGUGGCCGCGGGCCCAUCAUCCUCCCAGGCACGCCCCUGCGCUGUGCCCCAAAGUGGCCGUCACCUGCCCAGCAACACCAAAGACCGGCGGGCCUAUGCACAGAAACUGGCCUCCAUGUCGCAAGCACUGGAAAGUUUAAUGUGCGAUGUCCGGACCCAGCAGCGUUCCUUGGGGGACAUCAGCCUAGCAGAGCCAGCAGGACAGAAAAAACUAAACAUUACCGUCUAUGAAAUUGCCGACCAGGGGAUGGCGGCCGGGUUAGAACGACAGCAAGGCCCAAGGAGUGAAGGCCACAAGGGGACGGCUGAGGUCCAGGGACUGCGACGAAGUUCAAGAAUUCGGGGGAACCAAGUCGGCAACUAGGUGGCGGGUGGCCAAGGAACACACUGAAG